AUGUUAUAUAUCUUCUUAUUCUCAUUUUGUCUUGCAGAAUAAUAGUUCAACUAAUAAUGGAAUUAUACUACAUCUGAAAACAUUUUUACACUAAAUAUUACUCUCAACAUAACUCUAAUAGAUAAUGAAAAGCAUUUACGUUUAUAUUUAUUGCCAUAAUCUAAUACCACAAAGUCAUUACUCAUUAUAUGUAAUUCUAAGCCAAAUAUUACUUUGCUUAAUAUUCAUUCAAUUAAAACGUAUUAUAACAAAUAAUAGAUAGAUUAGGAUGUAUUUAUGAUAUCAAUUCAUAUUAUCAAAAUUAAACACAAGUCAUUACAUUUGAUAAUAAUCCUGCAUCUAAAGAAAUUAGUGAAUUAUUUGUCAUCUAUUACCUCUUCUCAAGUAAUCCAUAUAUAGGAAUAAUUUCAUAAGGAGAUGAAAGUAGUUUUAUUCUUGAAUUAAUAUAAAUGCGAAAGAAUUAAUGUGCUAAGUAUGAAAAAUGUAUUUAAUUUAGAAACUGUUAAAACAAUGGAAAAUGUUUAAAUGGAUUUUGUGAAUGUCCAUUUUCUUAUUUAGGUAGUGAUUGCAGUAUUUAGAUUAAAGACAUUGAGAAUUAAAUAUCUUUGGAACCAAGAUAAUAAUACUUUUUUAAUAUUAAAUCAUUCAAUACAUCUAAAUUUGAAAGAUAGUUAGAAACCUUUGUUGAUAUUAAAUAUACAUGUUAACAUCAAUAUUAGAUGUAAUUUUAAGGAGUCUAAAUAACAACAAACUUAAUUAAUUUUAAUUAAACCUUUAUACAAUCAUGUUUAAUGAAAACUAUUGAAAUAUAAGAAUAACUUCCUAUAAAAUUAUAUUCAUAUAUUAUUUUUGAAUAAACCUCACCAAAUAUAAUAAGAAUAACAACCCAAGAGAAUCAUUUUAUUUUCUAAAAUCUAAUUGUAGCCUUCAUUGCUUUACUUAUAUUAGCUUUAUUAAGUAUGCUUUACAUAUUUUAUCAUCAUAAAAAUCCAAAAGACUUAAAAGCUUUAAGAAUUGUCCCUAUUAUUAAAUUUUCUUUAGCUCUUGAAUAAGUAGAAUAAUCAGAUAUCGAGUGUGCAUUAUGUAUGAAAGAGCUCUAACAAAAUUAGUCUGUCAGAAUAACAUAUUGCAAUCAUCUCUACCAUGAUUUUUGUUUUAAAAUGUGGUGGACAAAUAAUAAAGUAAAAUUAUAGGUUAGAAUGUGUAGAGCUGCCCUCGUUGCAGAUCUCCUUUAGAUUUAGAGACAAUGAGAAAAAAUUAGAAAACAGAUAUUUUAUAAUAAUCAACUUUCUCUAAUCUUUAGAGUAAUAGAAAAAAAAAUUUAGUUACAUUUGUUGAUACUGGUUCAACAAUUAGACAUAUGCCUAUCUAGUAAAAAUUAGAACUGUAAAUUAAAUGA